AUGGCCACCUUGGAUUUAUCAAACAAUCAAUUGAAGGGACAACUCCCAGACUGUUGGAAAUCUGUACAUCAGUUAUUCUUUCUUGAUUUAAGAAACAAUAAAUUGACAGGGAAGAUUCCUGUGUCCAUGGGCAGCCUUGUUAAAUUGGAAGUCUUGGUUUUACAAAACAAUAACCUGAGAGGUGAAUUAGCUUCCACUUUGAAGAAUUGCAGCAAUUUAAUUAUGUUGGAUGUGGCCGAAAAUAUGUUUUCUGGCCCAAUACCAUCAUGGAUAGGGGAAAAUAUGCAACAAUUGAUAAUAUUGAACAUGCGAGGGAAUCACUUCUCUGGACAUUUUCCAAUUCAACUCUGUUAUUUGAAGCGCAUUCAAUUCUUAGAUCUUUCGAGAAAUAUGUUAUCAAAAGGAAUUCCAUCUUGCUUAAAGAAUUUGACUGCAAUGACUGAAAAGAACAUCAACACAAGUGAUACUCUAAAUCGUAUAUAUUCGAUGAAUAUCACUGAUUUUGAAAUGUAUGGCGUUUAUAGUGAGAAAAAUUACACCCUUAACAUAAGCUUGAUGUGGAAAGGCGUGGAACAGGGGUUCAAAAAUCCAGAGUUACAGCUUAAGAGCAUUGAUAUUUCAAGUAAUAAUUUAAGUGGUGAAAUACCGAAGGAGAUUGGAUAUUUGGUUGGGCUAGUUUCUCUGAAUUUAUCCAGAAAUAAUCUGAGAGGAGAAAUUCCUUGUGAGAUUGGUAGUUUAAGAUCACUAGAGUUCAUCGAUUUAUCAAGAAAUCAUUUCAGUGGGAAAAUUCCUUCUUCUCUUUCUGAAAUUGACGGUCUGGGGAAACUAGACUUGUCACACAACUCUCUUUCAGGAAGAAUUCCAUUGGGAAGACACUUCGAAACCUUUAAUGGGUCUAGUUUUGAAGGAAACAUUGAUCUUUGUGGUGAACAACUCAAUAAAAGUUGUCCUGGAGAUGGAGAUCAAACAAUAAUAAAGCUUUCAAAAACUGAAGCAACCAAUGAUGAUGAAGAUAGCUGUUUCUUUGAGGCAUUAUACAUGAGCAUGGGGAUCGGAUACUUCACUGGAUUUUGGAGCUUAGUAGGGCCAAUGCUACUUUGGCGUUCUUGGAGAAAUGCUUAUAUGAGAUUCCUAAAUAAAUUGACAGACAGUAUAUAUGAUCAGUUGUAUUGA